AUGUCUACGCAAAAAGAUAAGUCAAAAGUGCACAAGUUAUCGUUGAAGGGAUCUUCGAAACUGGUAGCAGAAUUUUUUGAAUAUUCCAUCCAUUCCAUUUUGUUUCAACGAGGGGUAUAUCCAGCGGACGAUUUUACAGCUGUCAAGAAAUAUGGCCUGAAUAUGCUUGUAUCUUCCGACGAUCAAGUCAAGGCGUAUAUUAAAAAGAUCAUGUCGCAGCUGAACAAGUGGAUGAUUGGCGGCAAAAUAUCCAAACUUGUCAUUGUUAUCACUAACAAGGAAUCUGGGGAGCAUGUCGAGAGGUGGCAGUUCGACGUCCAAAUAUUCAAUAAGGGGAAGUCUCCUCGAAGCUGCUCCGGGCAUAAAGCGUCACCUGAUAACGAGAAUACUCCAAUCACAACGGAGUCCCCUACUCCGACAUCCCCUCCGCCCGAGAAAUCUGAGAAAGAAAUCCAAGAAGAAAUUCAGGCUAUCUUCCGCCAAAUCACAGCAUCCGUCACGUUCCUGCCCGUUCUGGAUGGUAACUGCACCUUCAACGUGCUCGUAUAUGCGGACGCUGAUUCCGAAGUUCCCAUGGAAUGGGGCGAUAGCGAUGCGAAGGAGAUCAAGAAUGGGGAAAAAGUGCAGCUUAGAAGCUUUAGUACGAGCAACCAUCGCGUGGAUACGCUGGUUAGCUACAGGCUUGCUGAUUAA